CGUCAUAUUUGCUUUCUAUUCAUGCAACUGUUACAUUCACCGGUUUGCAUCAUCUCCGAGGACACCGACGACUUCCGCGCCACGAUGCACGACACCGGCACCAUACUGUCCGGUUCCGCUGCUGCCAGACUGUUACUCGUCGACGCUUUGUGGCAGCUUAAUGACUACGAUCUAUACACGCCACAUAGUCAGUGGGAUGUGGUACUCGACUACAUCAGCAACUUACUGGGUUUCGUGAUCGAAUAUGUCAUAGAUGCAUCAGAUGAGGAGAAUCAGGAGCAACCGUACCCCUGGUUGAAACAGGGAAUGGACCGUAUGGCUCGAAUCACCAGACCAAACAUCCGCGUCGAUCUUAUGCGUAGCCACAAUGAAUCGGCCUUCUACCCACUAUGCUUCUUCUGGUCGACCAUCACCAUAAACACGAUCUCCACUGAUGCGAUCGUGUCAGCAUACCCCACACAUCUUCUCAGCCAUCGCAGUAUUUGCUCAUACACCAUCAGUGAUUAUCGGUAA